AUGGGCCCCUGUACCGCCUCCUCAUGCUGCUGCCAGGCCCCUAAUCUGCCAUGGGCCCCUGUACCGCCUCCUCAUGCUGCUGCCAGGCCCCUAAUCUGCCAUGGGCCCCUAUACCGCCUCCUCAUGCUGCUGCCAGGUCCAGAGUCUCUCAUGGGUCCCUGUACGGCCUCCCAUUGCUGCUGUCUCCAUCGCCACACUCUGCCAUGUGCCACUUUCAGGUCUCCUCACACUGCUGGUGUGUUCCAUUUUUUGUCAUAGGGUGCUGGCAGAUUACGGGCCUCCCAUAGCUGCUGCCAGGCCCCUAAUCUGCCAUGGGCCCCUGUACCGCCUCCUCAUGCUGCUGCCAGGUCCAGAGUCUCUCAUGGGUCCCUGUACGGCCUCCCAUUGCUGCUGUCUCCAUCGCCACACUCUGCCAUGUGCCACUUUCAGAUCUCCUCACACUGCUGGUGUGUUACAUUUUUUGUCAUAGGGUGCUG